GAGAGCGACUUGUCGGCAAAAAAGUUAAAUUUAUACAUUUUAAUUUUUCGCUUGUUUUAAACGUUUAUUGAAAAUAUCCUGAAUAUAAAAUAAACAAAUUAGAUAACAGCGACACAAAUGUCGAAAAGUGAUUCUGAAAGUAACUCCUCCAGCGGCAGCGAUUCGUCGUCAGCCUCCAGCCAUCAACAAAAAUCAAGCGCUGACGAAGGCCACGAUGGAAAAAAUGUGGUAGAGAAGAAAAAAUUUAAAACUAAGCAAAAACUUGAAAAGGACUCGAAAAAGCAAAAAGAAAAAAGCUCGGAGACUAUGGAUAAGAAAGACAGAACUAAGGAGCAAAACAACGAACAAAAAAAAGUGUGUGUGGAAAAGAAAAACCAUGAGAAAUCUGCUAAGGACAAAAAAGCACAUAAAAAGAAAAAGCAUUCAAGUGCGGAGUCCUCAUCAUCUUCAUCAUCGUCUUCAGAUUCUCCUUCCUCCUCGGACAGCAGCAGUAGUGAGGGUGAGAUCUCUUCAACGGACUCUUCGUCUAGUGAAAGUGAAGGGGAACGUAAACAAAAAAAUAAAUCAAAAACGGAUGAAGCAAGCAAAACACAAAAGGAUAAAGAAGAAAAGUUGCAAGAUAAAAAUAUAGCCAAAAGUCCUAAAGAAACUAUGGAAGAGGCAAACAACGAUAAUACUGUUAAAGCUGAUAAAGUAAAUUCCAAAAAGCUUGAUAAAGAAAAGGAAGAAGCUAUCCCCACAGCUGUAGAGGAUGAACAACCUAAAGAUGAAGCUAAAGGUAUUAUAGAACAAGAAGAUGGUGAAAUACCUGAAGGGGAAGCUGAUGUCAACAACGAAAAGAAAAUUUCACCCUCUGUUGAAGAUCAACAAGAUUCAAAUGGAUCAAGCUCAAGUAAACUUAAAAGUAUAGUAGGCAAAUCCUAUCAAGUCAAAGCUCGUUCCAAAUCCAGAUCGAGAUCGCGCUCAAAAACCCCUGAAAAUGGAAAAGAUCGGAGCAGGUCACCUCAAAACAGCAGAAACAAACGAUCAACCAAAAGCCAUUCGCGAGAACCUCAACACAAAAGACGUUCUAGAUCAAGAUCGAAUACACGAUCACGUUCGCGAUCUUUGUCUAAAGAAAGACAACGUUCAGAGCGUCGUCAUGAACGUAGACGUUCACCUUCAGAAGAGUAUGAAAAGAGAAAAUCUAGACGUUCAGAGUCUUUGGAAAGACGACGCGAAGAACGCAAAAAAAGACAUGCCGAACGAGAUGAAGAGGACAAGGUUAAACGUACGAAAAGAGACGAAGAAAACGUGGAAAGGCGAGAAAAAGAGCUUAAUAAGCCAGAUGGAGAUCCUGAUAAAGUAAAUGAAUUGGAUAACACCACUGUAACUGAUCCAAAAGCCAAGAUUACCGAACGUCAGCGAAAAACCGUUGAUUUACUAACCUCACGUACUGGUGGUGCAUACAUACCACCAGCUAAAUUGCGUCUUAUGCAAGCUGAAAUUACCGACAAAGCCUCGGCUGCUUAUCAGCGUAUUGCUUGGGAAGCUCUUAAAAAAUCCAUACACGGUUACAUUAACAAAGUCAAUGUGGAUAAUAUAGCCAUUAUUACACGGGAACUGUUAAAAGAAAAUAUUGUGCGUGGUCGUGGUCUUCUUUGUCGUUCCAUAAUACAAGCCCAAGCGGCUUCGCCCACUUUCACACACGUCUAUGCCGCUUUGGUGUCCAUCAUAAACUCUAAAUUUCCCAAUAUCGGAGAAUUACUGCUAAAACGUUUGGUUAUACAAUUUAAGCGAGCCUUCAGACGUAACGACAAGGCCGUGUGUUUGUCUUCCUCACGUUUUGUAGCCCACUUGGUUAAUCAACGUGUGGCUCAUGAAAUUUUAGCCUUGGAAAUUUUAACUCUUUUAGUAGAAUCGCCCACCGAUGAUUCGGUCGAAGUGGCAAUAGCUUUCCUUAAGGAGUGUGGCAUGAAACUGACUGAGGUAUCUUCGAAGGGCAUUGGAGCCAUCUUUGAAAUGUUGAAGAAUAUCUUGCACGAAGGUAAACUAGAUAAACGUGUACAAUAUAUGAUUGAGGUGGUUUUCCAGGUGCGUAAGGAUGGUUUUAAGGAUCAUCAGUCUGUUAUAGAGUCACUGGAGUUGGUGGAGGAAGAUGAUCAAUUUACACAUUUGCUAAUGUUGGAUGAUGCCACAAACACUGAGGAUAUGUUGAAUGCUUUUAAAUUCGAUGAGGAAUAUGCCGUCAAUGAGGAAAAGUACAAAGGCCUGAGUAAAGAAAUACUGGGUAGUGACGCAUCGGAUUCUGGUGGCUCCGGUUCUGGUUCGGGCAGUGGAUCAGAUUCUGAUUCAUCCGAUUCGGAUGAUGAUGAAAAGGGCGAAGGUAAACCUACUGCAGAAGAAAUUAUUGACAACACCGAAACCAAUUUAAUAGCUCUACGGCGCACCAUUUACUUGACCAUCAACUCAAGUUUGGAUUACGAAGAAUGUGCCCAUAAACUUAUGAAAAUGCAAUUGAAACCGGGUCAGGAAAUCGAACUUUGUCACAUGUUCUUGGAUUGUUGUGCCGAACAAAGAACCUAUGAGAAAUUCUAUGGUUUGUUGGCACAACGUUUCUGUUCGAUUAAUAAAAUCUAUAUAGAACCAUUUGAAGAGAUUUUCAAAGAUACCUAUCAGACCACCCAUCGCUUGGAUACGAAUCGUUUGCGAAAUGUGAGUAAGUUUUUUGCCCAUUUGUUAUUCACCGAUGCCAUUAGUUGGGAUGUUUUGGAGUGUAUUAAGCUCAAUGAAGAAGACACUACCUCCUCGAGUCGCAUUUUUAUAAAAAUUUUAUUCCAAGAAUUGGCCGAGUACAUGGGUCUAGGUCAUUUGAAUAGGAAACUAAAGGAUGAAGUAUUGUUGGAAAGUUUAGCUGGUCUCUUUCCCAAAGAUAACCCUAGAAACACUAGAUUUUCUAUUAACUUCUUUACCUCCAUUGGUUUGGGUGGCCUAACGGAUGAGUUGAGGCAAUUUUUGAAAAAUGCUCCCAAGUCGGUGCCCGCUAUAAAUGCAGAAAUUUUAGCUAAUAAACCCAUAAAUGUGGCGAGUUCAUCCUCUUCUACCACAUCGUCAUCCUCCUCAACAUCAUCCUCAAGUUCGAGUGAAUCCUCAUCUGAUUCUUCAUCCUCAGAUUCAGAUAGUGCAUCAUCCUCCGACUCUGAAGUGGAUAAAAAGAAACGCAAAGGAAAAAAACUAAAGAAGUCUAAGAAAUCAGCAUCAUUGAAAAAGAAGCAAAAAGAAAAGUUAAAGAAAAAGAAAAGUAAAUCUAAGAAAACGAAUAAAAAACUUAAAAAGUCCAAAAAACAGGAAAGCUCCUCCUCUUCUGAAUCAGAUUCUGAAUCUUCAUCCAACAAUGAAAGCAGCGAUAGUGAAUCAAGCGCAAGUGAGAACGAAAAACGUAAAUCCAAAAAGAAGAAUAAAGACAAAUCUAAGCAUAAAGAUAAAGCAAGUAAAAAACCUAAAAAGAAAUCCAAAAAAUCUGAUAGUGACAAAGAGGACGAUUCCUCUGAGCAGGAGGAAAUUAAUCAAAGAAAAAAACCAGAAACUGAAAAUGGAUUUGACGGCACAAAAGACAGACGAGAUUAUGAGUAUAAUGAAAAUAGAAGAGUUAAUAACGAUAACAAAAAUGAACGUCCUAAAAGAGCUGAGCCUCAACGACGAGACAGCGAAGUUGAAAGACGUCGAGAGGAGCGAGAAAAACGUCACCGGGAAAAAGAACAGACUCGCGAUCGCGACAGAAAACGUUCCCGUUCAAUUUCUCAAACUCGUGAACGACGAGAUGAACGUGUGGUAAGAGAGGAUAGAGAUCGUAGAAAUCGGGAUGGUGAACGAGAUCGUGAUUCGGAGCGUCGUAGAGACCGUAAACGCUAUGAAGACCAUAAAAGCCGCAGCCGUAGCCGAGAACGCAGCAACUACGUUAAAAGAGACCGAGAUUAUGAUCGUUCAAAUGCACGCAAUACUUCCAAGGAACGUGGGUGAUAUUUAAUGAAUUUUAAUUGAACAACUAAAGGAUUUAUUAAGAAUAACGAUAAAUUUUUACCCUGUACAAAACUUUAACCAUUUUACGUUUUUUUUGUGUAUUGUAUUUAAAUAUUUCUAUAAAAAAACAUGGACUAAAAUAAAUUGAUAAUAAAAACAUAAAA